AGUAGAGAGGCAGACAGCACAGAAGCGCACAGCAGCAGCGCUGAGCGCUUUAUCCCGCAAUUCCUCCGGCAGUGUUUAGGCUACUUUUCAUACUAUAGCAGCUACUUAUAGUGAUAUUGUUAGUUAUGAAUUAUUGAUAGUGCGUAAAGACAUGAGCGCCAGAAACAGAUCCCCACCGGACUGAUCAAUAAACACGCAUCCUCUUUCAUCAGGACCUCCCGGUUUUAAACCCGGACGCGCGUUUGCGUCCAUAAACAAGUGGAUUUUAUCCCGUGCCCUGCGGUCGUAGACAGAGUCGGAUGCGUUUGGUCGCUGUGUGAAGCGCAGAGCAUCACUUCUUCCUCCUCCUCGGUCUCUGGAUCCGGACACAAUGGACCUGACAGCGGUCGCGCUGCUCGUGUCGCUCAUCUCCGUGUCUCUGUCCGCGGAUAACGCGGGCGGCAAAGCGCGGAGCUGCGCGGACGUGCGCCAGUUCUACAGCGGCAAAGGCUUCACGUUAAACGGAGUCCCGCAGUCCGAGAUAUCAGGCGAGCAUCUCCGCAUCUGCCCACAAGGUUACACCUGCUGCACCAGCGCCAUGGAGGAAACGCUGUCGAACCUGAGCCGCCGGGAAUUCGAAGGCCUGGUUAGAGAAGCGGGACGUUCCAUUCAAGCCUCGCUAAAUGCUCAGUACAGGACCUUCGACACAUAUUUCCUAGAACUCCUAAAUGGCUCUGAGCGGUGGUUGGAGGAGGCCUUUGUGGCCGCUUUGGGGGAUCUGUAUCGGCCCAAUGCGGGAGUGUUUCGUGACCUUUAUGCUGACCUGCGUCGAUAUUACGGCGGUGCCUCCCUGAACCUAGAGGAGGUCUUGGAUGAGUUCUGGAUGAGGCUCCUGGAGCGUCUUUUGAAGGCGUCUGACCCCGAGACCGCUUCCCUGCUCUCUGAUGACUUCCUGGAGUGUGCCUCCAAGCAGACUGAAACCCUGCGUCCUUUUGGAGAAGCUCCACGGGAACUGAAGACCAAGCUGGUGCGGGCAUUCAUCGCUGCUCGGGCUUUCGUCCAGGGCCUUAAUGUGGCUGGAGAGAUUGUACGGAAGGUGUCUCAGGUUCCUUUGAGCCUGGAGUGUAAUCGUGCCAUUAUGAAACUGGUGUACUGCCCUCAUUGCAGAGGUCUGGGAUCAGUCAAACCUUGCAUCAAUUACUGCAAGAAUGUCAUGAAGGGCUGCCUGGCUAAUCAGGCUGACUUGGACACCGAGUGGCAGAGCCUUAUAGAAACCAUGCUACAGGUGGCGUCAAGUUUUGGUGCCGAACCCAGUAUGGACACGGUAAUCUAUUCAAUUCCUGUGAGAAUCUCAGAGGCUGUCCUCACCAUGCAGGAGAACAUGGAGAUCUAUACAAGCAAGGUUUUCAAGGCCUGUGGGGACCGUGGUGAAGAAGGAACACCAAGUUCGAUAUCUGAGGAGCCGAAAAAGAAAGCAAGUACAGUUACUGCCCUGGAAUACAAACCCAGUCCCAAAUCUGCAGCCAGACUGGAGGUGCAGGUCACAGACGUGUCCAGUAAACUGAAAGAAAUGCAGUUUUACUGGAUCCAACUACCCUCGGCUCUGUGCAGUGGUAAAACAGCAUCAUCAAACAACGGAGACAAAUGUUGGAAUGGCAUCAGCAAAUCAAGUUACCUCCCAGAGGUCAUGGGCGACGGGCUAGCCAAUCAGAUUAAUAACCCAGAGGUGGAGAUCGACAUCACCAAGCCUGACAGGACUAUACGUCAACAGAUCAUGCUGCUGAAGAUCAUGUCAAACCGCCUGAAAAACGCCCACGAUGGCAACGAUGUAGAUUUCCAAGAUACAAGUGAUGAUUUCAGCGGCUCGGGAAGUGGCAUGUGUGCGGAUCACCUGUGUGUUCGGGGUAGACCUCCGGUUUUUGGUCCGAAAACGGACAGGCCAAAACUCUACGCAUAUGGCCCUGAAAACAAAAGAGUCAAAGGAUCCGGAAACCAGAUUCAGCCUUCAGUCAUCUUACUGCUUCUGUUACUCGCAACUCUACUGCUGAGACGAUUAUGAAAAUGCUAAAUCGAACUUUGGGAUCUGGGUCAGGAAAUUUGGGAUAGGACAAGGAAUGUUUCAAAAGAAAAGGAAUAGGGAAAAAUGAGAAAAGGUGAGCUUAAAUGUUGCCAAACGAAAAAAAAGAAACCUUUUGAGUGAAUGGACAUUUGAAUUCCUCUGGAAUACGACAUGAGAAUAGGUGAAAAAGGAAUUUUAUUUCUGUGUAUUUUUGUUUUGUAAUAUACGUCAGAUUGAAACGCUGACUUGUUACAUCAAUUUACAUCUUGCUUUUUUACCUUUGAAUGUAAAAAGAUGAACUGGAUGGGAAGAAUUCUGGUUUAGAUUUACAAUACGAGGUUCUCAGCCACCUAAGCGACUUACCCACAGUUAUUUGCUCUUAAAGUCACACAGUCACCAAGACACCUCGUGUUUCAUUUCAUCAUGCUUGAGUUACGUAAGUUUGUCUUUGCACAACUGUUCUUUUUGUCUUAAAUAUUUCACAGACGAUCAUAAUUACAAAACACUGCAUCAGUCUGAUCCCUUUUAGAUUACAAAAUGUAUGAUCUAUGGCAUGGAUAUAAAUUGAAAUACGAAAUUUCAGAAUAUCUGAGAAAUUAUGUAAUGUUGUUUUUUGGGAGUUUUUUUUCAAUGAACUGUAAUUCAUUGGUUUAGUAUGUAAUUAUUUUGUAUGGUAGCAAGCUGCAAUAAUUGAUGAAUUUCACACA